GUACUCCGUCCACACAGGGCUGUGAAGAGAGAAUUAGAUCAGCCUCGGGGCUAGAACAGGAAGGCGCCAUGGCAUGCUUUCGGAGUCGUUCAAGAGCUGCGGCCGUGGUCGUUGUCACCAUGCUCCUGCUCCAAGCUUGCAGUGAAGUUUCAGCAUCUUCCUCGCCGCAGUUCCGCAAGAUGUUGGUCAGCGUCAAUGCAUCUUCCAUGUCAUCGAGCGGCGGCGGAGGCCACUCGGCGGAGCCGUUGGAGCUGGAGGAGUGCUCGAAGGACCUCCUGGAGGUUUUUCAGAACAACGCGCCGAGCAUGGCCGGCGGCAUGCCGACCUACAGCGUCGAGAUCACCAACACCUGCAUCGACUGCGCCGUGUGCGACGUCCACAUCGCAUGCGGCGACUUCGCCUCAAAUGACGUCAUCGACCCAGACAAGUUCCGCCGCCUCGGUUUCAACGACUGCCUCGUCAAUGGCGGCGGGUCCAUCGAGCCCAGCUUCCCUGUGUCGUUCCAGUACGGCAACUCCUUUCCCUACCCGAUGACAGUCGCGUCCGCCUCCUGUGACUGUAACUAGCUAUAUAUGGCUAGGGUACGAAUGAAGCUAUCUAUUUUCGUUACAAAUAAAAUCAAGUAGAGCUCGGCUACCGGCUUGUGGUCUAAUCUUACUUCUGGAGCUACUGUUAUCUACUACUCCCUCCGUCCGGAAAUACUUAUUAUCAAAAUAAAUAAAAUGUGAUGUAUCUAGAUA